AUGCUUGUUCUAAGUCUAUAUGAUAAAAUCGAUCCUAAGAAGCUGACAAUGGACUCCGAUUUCGUCAAUGAUCUUGGUCUAGAUUCCUUGGAUCACGUUGAAAUGAUCAUGGAGAUGGAGGAGGAAUUUGGGUUUGAAAUUCCUGAUGGAGAUGCAGACAGGCUGAAAACUCCACGAGAUAUUUUCCAAUACAUUGCUGAUCGUGAGGAUGUCUAUGACUAA